AUGGAAAUUCAGGUUUCAAAUAAUAGAGGAAGAGUGGUUGACAGGAUCUGUCACGAACUAAGAACUAGUGGUUACAUUAAGCGGUCAAAAGAGUUAAAAGUUGAUGCUUGCAUCCUUCUUGAUAACUUUGUUCCAAAAUAUGCUGGAAUGAUUGGCUCUCGUAAGAGAGCUUUGCAGAGCAAUUCAAAAAGAUCCAAAAGGCAUAUGUCCAUGAAGCAACAUAAGUGUGGAACAUUUGACUUGCCUUCUCAUUUCCACAAGUUUGAAAUAUUUUGGCCAAUGCACGAUAUGUGGAAAAGCUAUAUGAAACAACGGUUGCACCAUGUUGGUUGUGCCAAAGAAGUCUUCUGUGUUUAUUUUCCAAUGGGAUUGCUGGAAAGUUGA